AUGAGUGAGAGGGCUGCGCAGAACCGGAGCACAGGUGGCUGGCUGUUGGUACUGUGCCUGGCCUGGUUGUGGACCCUCUUGGCCUCAGCUUCCUUGCAGCCUCCUACUACGACAGUCCUCAUGAAGCAGGGCACUUGCGAGGUGAUUGCUGCUCACCGCUGCUGCAACCGGAACCGCAUUGAGGAGCGUUCUCAGACUGUCAAAUGCUCCUGCUUUUCUGGCCAGGUGGCUGGCACCACGCGGGCCAAGCCCUCCUGCGUGGACGCCUCCAUCGUCCUGCAGAGGUGGUGGUGUCAGAUGGAGCCCUGCCUGCCGGGGGAGGAGUGUAAGGUGCUCCCGGAUCUGUCAGGAUGGAGCUGCAGCAGUGGACACAAAGUCAAAACCACCAAGGUAUCCAGGUGGACACCUCAUUUCACCCCUCCUCUUCUGCGUUCACCUGGGAUAGAAAAGGGGGCACAGGAACUCUAG